GAGAACAUGGCUGGGAGCCGGAGCUCCGGCCGGCUAUUGGUUCAGGCGAGGGGCCCAGCCCUGCUGCUGCUGUCUCUACUGCUGCUGCUCUCCCCACUCCUGCCAGGAUGCUCUGCGAAGGCCAAGCGCUAUGAGCCCACCUGGGACUCCCUGGAUGCCCGCGAACUCCCGGCUUGGUUUGAUGAGGCCAAGUUUGGGAUCUUCAUUCACUGGGGAUUGUUUUCCGUGCCCGGCUUCGGAAGCGAGUGGUUCUGGUGGUACUGGAGACAGGAAAAAAUUCCAGCCUUUGUAGACUUCAUGAAAGCUAACUAUCCUCCUGAUUUCAAAUACGAGGACUUUGCACUGGAUUUUAAAGGAACAUUUUUUAAUGCUACUCAAUGGGCAGAAAUUUUUCAGGCCUCAGGUGCCAAGUACAUUGUCUUGACCACCAAACAUCAUGAAGGUUUCAACCUGUGGAAAUCUAAUAAUUCAUGGAACUGGAAUUCUGUUGACAGGGGGCCAAAAAGGGACAUUGUUAAAGAAAUGGAAGUAGCUAUUAGAAAUAAAACCAGCCUACACUUUGGCCUGUACUACUCCCUUUUUGAAUGGUUCAACCCCCUUUUCCUUUCGGAUCAAGCUAAACAUUUCAAUUCAAGAAGUUACCCAACCGCUAAGACCCUUCCUGAUCUUUAUGACCUGGUGAACACAUACAAGCCUGAGAUUCUCUGGGCAGAUGGUGAUGGAGAUGCUCCAGAUACCUACUGGAACAGCACUGGCUUCUUAGCCUGGUUGUAUAAUGACAGCCCAGUUCGGGAUACAGUUGUAACCAAUGAUCGCUGGGGACUUAAUAACAUCUGCAAGCAUGGUGGCUACUAUACCUGCAGUGACCGUUACAACCCAGGACACCUGUUGCCUCACAAGUGGGAAAACUGUAUGACCAUAGACAAGGAAUCCUGGAGUUACAGAAGGAACGCUCCCCUCUCUGACUUCCUCACAAUUGAAGAAAUAGUGUCGCAAUUAGUGGAAACAGUCUCGUGUGGAGGAAAUUUUUUGAUGAACGUUGGUCCCAACAAAGAUGGAGUGAUUUCUCCAAUAUAUGAAGAGCGUCUGAGGCAAAUGGGAUCCUGGUUGAAAGUCAAUGGGGAAGCCAUUUAUGAAAGCAAACCUUGGCGAGCACAGACUGACAAGCUCACACCAAGAGUCUGGUAUACAUCAAAACCUAAAGAAAAUCUGGUUUAUGCUAUAUUCCUGCAGUGGCCAUCAUCAAGAAUGCUGGUACUUGGCGAGCCUAAGGCAACUUCUGGGGCCACAACAGUGAAGUUACUGGGUUAUCAAGAUCCACUUAAAUGGGUUGCUGUGCCAAAUCAAGGAAUAAUAGUGGAGCUUCCUGAGUUAACUCUUAAUGCAUUGCCCUGUGAAUGGGGCUGGUCUCUAGAACUGAGAAAUGUACAGUAGCAUUUAGCAGGCUAAAUUUUCAAGUUUGCUGUUUGCCUACAUUCUACUAAGUCCUUGCACAUUCAGUACACAAAAUUAAACGGAGAAGCUGGCGCACAAUCUAGGCAAAACAAAGAAGAGAGAUAAUCUGGUUGAUAAUGAAUGGUCUGUUUGGAGCUCGAAUUGCCCAGUUAAUUGCUUCAGUUUCCUGAAGAUCUUGAUCAUCAGAGACUUGCUCAUGACAGAUAUUUUUGUGUGUUGGGGGGAGGGGAUUUAAAAAAUAGUAUUUGUUUUUUAUUGUUUUGAAAACAUUUGUCAAAAUGUUUUUGAGAGUUCCUAUAAUAAAAGAGCAUUGUUGCA